AUGCAUUCUAUGAAAUUCUCAUCGAAACCUAGUUUAUAGUCUUUGAAAUCCUCUAAGUUUAGUGUUAUUUCAACCUAAUAACGAACCCCUGAUUCUACAAAAUUGAUGAAAUGUAUAUUUUAAAUUAAGUCUACCUUUAGUAAAAUAGUCAUGCCUUUUGUAUAGCUAAAGCCCAAAGUUUAAAACUGGGAGAACUAAAACAUUUAACUUUAGUGAAAGUGAUUUGAAACCUGUAAUGAAAAUGGAGAAUUUGAAAGAGAAAAUUGAGAAGUCAAUCAUUCUAUUAUAAAAAACGAAAGGAUAAAAAGAUUUAUCAACAUAAUUAAAAAUCGAGGAGAUGGUUAUUGAAAUGAUGAAACUAUGUCAAAUUGACAAUAAAAUCUUGAAACUCUUGUAAUAAAUAAAAGAGGAGAAAGAAUAAAAGCUACAAUCUUAAUCUAAAACAAUGUUAUUUAUAAAUAGACAAUAAACUUAGAUAGAAUAAUUAGUAAAUAUAAUAUUAAUUAUAUUUAGAAAAGGAGAUGCUCAGAAUAUAAUUGA